AGAGUUUUCUGGGAGGCAGGGUCAGCCAGGCCAUCAGAGGGGACAGAUGGACUCGUCCUGGCUAGGGGGCAGGGACAGGACCGUGUAUGUAUACAUCAACACAGACAUGAACGCACGCCUUCCCCACCACCGGCCUGCCUCCACCCCCCAGAGCCCUUAUAGCCACAUCCUCCAAGAAAAAACCCAGACUCCUGUGAAGGCAGAGAGCAGAUGAGGAUGUGUGCAGAGGCUUGGCGGCCUGCAGCCCUUCUACUGCUGGGUCUGGUGCUUGGAGCCUUGGCAAAGCUCAACUGUGUUGGAAAUACCUACCCGCAUGGUGGCCGGUGCUGUCCUGACUGCAAGCCAGGCAGUGGCAUGGUGAGCCGAUGCGACGUCACCAGAGACACUGUGUGCCGCCCCUGUGAGCCCGGCUUCUACAAUGAUGUGGCCAACUAUGAACCCUGCAAGCAGUGUACAAAGUGCAACCACGGUGAGCUCCAUUUACCUCAACCCUCGCUGUCUGCCCAGCGAGGGCAGCAGCACCACCGUGGGUGCCUGUGUUCCCAUGAGCCCAAAGCCAAACCACAGUGCAGGCAGCUCCCCUGGCAGUCCCAGGGAGCCAAGGCAUCUCCUGGGGCGCCUCCUCCUGGGGCUAGAGUCCAGUGGGACCUCAUGGAGUCAGUGUGGAGCGCAUGUUGGAAGUGGAAGUGAGCUCAAGCAGAAUUGCACACCCACACAGGACACGGUCUGCCAUUGUAAGCCUGGUACCCAGCCCCUCAAGGAUGGCUACAAGUAUGGAGUUGACUGUGUCCCCUGCCCUCCUGGUCACUUCUCUCCAGGCAACAACCAGGACUGCAAGCCCUGGACCAACUGCACCUCAGCUGGGAAGCGGACCCUGAGGCCAGCCAGCACCAGCUCAGACUCAGUAUGUGAGGAUAGGAGCCCCCUGGCCACCACAGCCUGGGAGACCCACGAACCCAACGCCAGGCCCACGGUGGUACAUCCCACUGAAGUCUGGCCUCAUACUUCUCGGGAGCCCUUGACACCUGCCUCAGAGGCCCCUGUGGGCCCCAUGUUGGCUGCUGUCCUGGGCCUAGGCCUGGGCCUGACGGCUCCUCUGGCUGCUUUACUGGCCCUGCAUCUGCUCCGAAGGGCCUGGAAGUGGCCUGCUGUCCUCAAACCCUCUGGGGGAAGCAGCUUUCGGACGCCCAUUCAGGAGGAGCAGGCAGACACACACUCCACGCUGGUCAAGGUCUGAGCAGAACUUUAGGAGCGGGGUU